UCCAAGGAAAACAGUCAUGGCGGGCACAGUACCUCAAAGAUUAGAAGUAUAUGGUUUAAUUAACGAUGUUAACUUUCAAAGAGCCCGAUAUUGUGCAGAGGACUUAUGGAAGAAAGACCCAAAUACAUUUCCAGAUCCAGUUGUCAAUGGAAUGUUGGAAUUUGAAUGGGAUUUAUUCAUUGAUGCUAAAAGAAAGGAACUAAGAGGUGAGACCUGGUCAUUUGAAGAGAAAGCCAUUUGUUUUACCAAUGGCCAGCUGAUAGGUGGACCAGACAACUUUGUAGUAUGGGCUGAAGAUAAUUAUGGUUUUGAAGAGUUUAGACCAUUACCAUUAUAUUUAACUUUAACAGAUGAAGCUUAUAUAUCACAUUUAAAUUCCAAAAAUCAUCAGUAUGUAUUCAUGGAAGUAUCUAUUGGUGGUGAAUCAGCAGGUCGUCUAGUGAUAGAGCUUUUUUCAGACGUGGUACCCAAAACAUGUGAAAACUUCAAAGCUUUAUGUACUGGAAAUAUGGGGAAAUCUAAAGAAACAGAUUAUGAUCUUCAUUAUAAAAACUCAAUGUUUCACAGAAUAGUUAGAAAUGGAUGGAUACAAGGGGGAGAUAUAUUUUUCACUGGUAGUGGUCAGGAUAUUUAUCACAGCAGAGGAAAUGGUGGAGAAUCAAUUUACGGUGCAGCAUUUGAAGAUGAGAAUUUUGCAGUGUCACAUGACAGGCGUGGUAUAGUUGGAAUGGCAAACAAAGAUCGUCACACAAAUGGUUCACAAUUUUACAUCACAUUACAGCCUGCAAAGUGGAUGGAUACAAAAUAUGUUGCAUUUGGACAAGUUAUAGAAGGUACAAAGACACUGAAAAUGAUGGAAGAACAAGAAACAAUGAAUCAAAGACCGAUGAAAGAUAUAAGGAUUUUAGACUGUGGUGUGUGCAAAUACGAAUUCUAAAUGUUUCAAAUACUAUACAGUUGUUGUAACUUAAAAGCAGGCCGGAUUAAAUCCGUGCAUGAGGAUUAAUUUUUAUCUGUAAAACAUAAAUACAGAUUGCCUUAAAAUGUUAGAAGAUAUAAUUCAGAACCAAAAGAUAUAUGCAUUUUACUGCUGAAUCUUAUAUAAUAUGACAAAAUAUUUUUCUCACUUUCGUCAAUACUAAUUUUUACUACAUUUAUAUUGUUGAAUACAUAUUUUUAUUAUAUAUUUAAAGAAAGAUUAAGCAAACAUUGUGUAAGUCUCCAAAUUUGCCUUAAAUCCAGCUACUUUUACUUGAAGAUGGCCUUGUUUUUUGUCUUAUUUACACAAUUUUAAAAAACAAUGUACAUGCUUAUUGUCUGUGAUAUAUAUUUGAAUAUUUCUUUGUUGAAUAUAUGUAUUUACAUUGCUUUGAAUAUUUUUAUUUACUUAUUUGAAAACCCAAAAGAUUUUUUCAUUUAUAUAUGUAAAAAGUGACAUAAUUUUGAAAAACAAGUGAUCAGUUUUAUAGUGUGCCUUUAAUGGUUACAAAAUAUGUAGAUAUGAAUUUUAUUUUAUCAGAUUUAUUAUAUCAGGUUUAAUUUCUGUUUAAUAAAAUCUAAAAUUUCAUUAAAAAUAAAACUUGAAAAUACAAA